CUUGCAAACAGCACAGACGAACAAUUUACUCCAAACGAGCAAACAGCUGAAGUAGCUCCCGCUUGCAGCGCCGAGCAAGAUAUUGUCCAAACACAUUACAGCCCAAGAGGUGUUGUCUUGCUCUAUUUCCAGGGAGACUCCUCGGUAGAAGUCGACAAGCAUUUCAACCGGACUUUUUCAGAGCUGUAUUGCUUGCCAUCUGGUGCGGAAAAAUGUGUUGAUGGAUCACAUCUGCAAGGUACAUUUGCUUUCAAAUUCAGUUCAAUAUUGUAUGCAUAUUUUUGCAAUUCAAUUUUACUCUCGUCUUCUUGAACGCUAGCUGCAUAAGAACAUAAUCCACUUUCAAUUGUCGAUCAAAGUUUAUUUCGAACUUUGCUUAUCUUUCUCUUCACAAAACUGCUUAUAUUCCACUUCCCAAAAUUUCCUGUGACAAAUAUCUUGAGCUCUAGUAGCUUCUUAAGCUAGCCUUACAAGAAUUUGCAGAGGGAAGUAAAAAAUUUGUUGAGAAACUUUCUCGCGGUAAAAUCCUGUUUUAUCUCAGAAAAGGAAAUCGAAGGUGGCGUGUCAAUAAUAAACGAAUGCGUGCUUCUUCCUACCGAGUAACUGUGAGAAAUUUCUGUCUCGAAAUUAAAAGGUGAGAAAAGAUAUUUACAUUAAUGUAAAUAUCUUUUCUCACCUUCUCAAGACAGUCCGAGAAAUGUAAAUAUCUUUUCUCACCUUCUCGAGACAGUUAAUAAUGUCGAACACCCAUUUGUGAUCACCACCCAUACGCGAACAUUUCUCUUACGCAAUCACUUGCCCAAAGUAUGGAAAUUUUCCCAAUCAAUCCACUUCUAUAGUUGGAACCUGUUGUGAGCCAGACCGUCCUCAGGUGAGCUGUCACUUGACUCGUGGUCUCAGUGAUCCUUCUCAGGUGUAUCAGUUAUUGACUUGAAUUACUUGACCCGCUCAAUUCUGACAUCCUUUUAAUACGGUGUAGGAGACUUCCUAUGGUUAACUCAGUGUCUGUUGAAGAUGGGGAUGGUUCAGACUUGUUUCCGAUACAGACCACCACCUUGCUCCCGCAAGCUUUUGGGUGUGGUCGCUUACAUUGCAGCCUGAACCUAUGACAACAUAGGUUAAUUAAUAAAGCCCCGUGCAAACGGACGCAACAUUGUUGGAUGUGACAUGUUGCAUUCGUUUGCACACCCUGUUGCAUGUUGUUGCGUGUUGUUGGGAGUUGUUGCAAAGUUUGAAACCGGUCAAACGUUUAGCUACGUGCAAACGGACGCAACAACUCCCAACAUUGUUGGGACAGCAAUGUCGGGUGUUGUUGCGUCCUUUUGCACUUAGCUUAAAUCUGUAGUCUGAGGGCGAUCGGACCGUCUAAGAAAUUAGGCUUGAUCGAGGCUGAUCAGCAGUCUCCUGGAUGCGGUUUUAAAUAGCUAGAGUUAGCUCAAAAAGAACUUCUGGAGCCAAAUUCACUUUCGACGCCAAAUGCAAUGACUUGACACUUAUCAAAGUGGACGGGCACCAACAGUAGUUGGCUGUGUCCAAACCACCACUAAAACUCUUCCAUGCAAGUAAAUUUGCAUAAAUGAAAUAUUAAGUCAACUUCCGCUAUCAGACACCUCAUCCUACUUCUCGGGAAGUUUUAGAAUGCCCCUCCAAAUCUUGAAUGGAGAAGCCCAAUUGAUUACUGAAGUCAGUUUUUAUUUCGCUGUUUUCGUUCUACUGAUUAAGUUUCUGUAGCUGUACGCGUGACAAGAUGUCAAAGUACAGGGUCCGCCUCUCCCAUGUCUUGUCGAUUUUUCUGUUCAAUCCUAUGAUAUUUCGCAGUAUGUUUCUUUGUCUUUUUGUUUCCUUAGGGAGACCGACUGUUCCUAUGUCUCAACGCAACCUUCCAGCUUCAUUUUGGAUUCCGCCUUCAACAGACCAGAUCCAUCAACUACCAACGAGUUACCAUCGUCAAGGCAACUCAAUGCGUUUGUUCCAGCAAAACGCACCAAGCAGGACAACCUAUUAUAGCACUGGCUGUCAUGCCACCAACGGUUCACAAGUCAGCCUCGAGCGAACCGCACCAAAUGUUGUUCAUACGUAUGCAAUUCCAGUCUCCUAUACUCAGCUCCCCAUGGGGGCGGUGAAACGUUUCCCCCCAGGACACCCCCAACAAGGCUCUCAACCGUCAUAUAAAGCGUCCGCGCCUCCUUUAACACAAGAAACUGACAUUCACUGCAAUGAGGUGCAGACUUCAUUUAGGUUUAAUCCUGGUUACAAUACACUUCUGGUGCAACCCGAGGUGAAACCUCAUUUGCCUGUUGUGCCUGGUGAGCCGUCCAGAGCAAACUCACACGAUGAAAAACGCAACCAUAUCUCACCGAUUUAUCCGGGCGAAUUAAUGACGACGCCAAAGAGAGAAGAAAACUAA